AUGAAACGAAACCAAAGAGUUCCCCAAUUUUUCUGUUUUCAAUGGACCAAAUCCUUUCUCCUCGCGGUUUCCUUGCAAACCAGCAUCAUUCAAUGUGCACGGAACGACUUGCAGGAAAGCCAGCAAAACUAUCUGCAGGGAAAUAUAAAUCUCUCAUAUCUGCCUGAAUUGGACUUGGACGGGGACAAAUUCUCUUUCUCCCAUCGUCUAUUGGAUAUUGUAACAUACACCUUUUGCACAAUUGGAAUUCUUUCCAAUUUCUUUGCUUACGCCCUCUUGAAUGGAAAAGCCACCAUCGGCAUCCUCUUAAUUAAGCUCGUCCUCCUCUCCGAUGGUCUAGUUUGUGCAUUCUAUCUUUUAAAUCAGAUAUGGACGGAUAUAACAAUCAACUAUCUCAUGAACUCCCUAGUGACCGAAUACCUCUCCAGAAAGCCGGUCCUUCAGCACAUAUCAAAUGUCCUUCGAACGCUUGCUGUGACCUCAGUCAGUGUGAGUAAUUGGUACAUUGUUUGCAUGAUUCUCCAUCGAUGUGUAUCCAUCUAUGCCAAUCCCGCGCGGGGACGGCUCAGAAGGUCACUAUGGGCGUUUGCCCAGAAGCCGUCUAACCUCUGGUUGGCCUACCUAUCCUGUUGCCUGUUUAGUCUUCUACAAGCAGCUCUCACCCUGCAUUGGUUUCCCCUCCUCUUGGACGUUCUCACCUUUGUCUUGCCACUCUGUCUGGUUUUCCUAUUUUCCAUUAUCCUUCUCUACGGUCUGCGGGCUAUCCAACGAAGCCAGAACCGUAACCUGCCCACGACCGCUCCUCAAACAAGGUCUUUCCGUUCCUGUUGUGGUUGUGGUGUUCUCUGCUCGCCGCAUAGGUGUGGAAAAGGUGAUCUGGAUGACAGCUUUGCUCAAACCAAGUUACAGACUGGCACACAGUACAAUGGCUCUACCUAUAUUGCCAACAACAGUUACACGGGUGCUUCGCUGUGGGCUGGGCCAAGCAGAGAACUGGACUGUAAGGAACAGGAUGCAUACAACCCCUCGACUGCUGAUCCAGAGACGAGGACAAACAACCGGGAUCUGUCCGAGUUGCAUCGUAAGCGCGUCUACUCCCGUAUCACGAUGACAAUACUGAGCCUGGCUGUGUCCUUCCUGAUCUUGGACUCCCUGCAGUUUGCUGAUCUGCUGAUCCGUAUUCCCUGGCAGAAUAUUCUUGGCAGUGUGGAGGACCACAGACAGCAGAACCUCUCGCAUCUCUCCCACCUCAACCUCACUAUGGAUCUCCUCAUGCGGGAGGUGCAAACUAGCGGUGAAAAACAGAGCGUACUGAGCAUUGUGAAGAACUCCUGCACUCUGGGCAAAACCCUGACAAACUUUCUCAUCCUCUGCGCCCACAGUCGCCACUUCCGAUUCCUGCUGAUUGCGCAUUUUCGGCGUCUACAGAGGGUGCUACACAGUCGGAGGUACCGACUGUGUUGCCAAAGGGCACAGGACAAGCAUUUAUACCGAGCUGUUGCACCACCACCACCACCGCCAGUGCCACCAGCACCGCCAGCCUUUGUUCAGCAGCGGCAGCACAACUGCGUCGACUGCAGCAACAACAAAAAGAAACGAGUACGAUGGCAUGAUCACCGGGGUGGUGGUGGUCAACACCAGCCGGCACCCCAAGAACCACAAACUGUGCUCAACCGAUGCCACUGCCUGCAGGCUUUGAAGGUCGCUCAACAUGUGGGUCCCGCGGUA